UGCCUCUGUGCAAAUCCUGUCCCCUGUAAGUGCUUCUGUCCCUUUGAGUGGCUGCAUCCUACUUGACAAUUUCACAAGAAGCCAGCAGGACCCAGGCAGAGCACAUCAGUGCUUUCUCAGCUCAGCCCCAAAGCUCAGCCCAGGAAGCAAACACGUUAAUGUAGGCAUGGGCAUUAGAGAAGAGGAAACAUACAUUUCAAUCCAAACAGGAUCAGCUUGAAGAAAUCAUUGUGUUUCAAUGCAGCUGUGAUUUAAGAAAAUACAAAAGAAAUUUCAAUGCUGCUUCAGAAGAGAAAGACUGGGAAAAAGAAAUACUGAGGAAGAGCAGAAGUGCCACCAUAGCUUCAACAUUAAAUUUGGAGGUGCCUGAGGUCAUCCCUGUGCUCCUGCUGAGAAUCACCAGCUGGUAAGAAGCAGCCAGCAAAUUCAGCAUGACAGAAGCAUACACAGAAACCACAGCUGAAUAUACUUACGAUGAACAUGCUUUCUCCUGCAACAAAACCGACAUCCAAGAGUUUGGGAACAUAUUUCUGCCACUAUUUUAUAUCGUGGUGUUUGCCCUUGGCCUCACAGGGAAUCUAAUGGUGGUUUUUGCCAUUGUGAAAGGCAAUAAAAAAAGCAUCACUGACAUCUAUCUCCUGAACUUGGCUAUCUCUGACCUUCUCUUUGUGAUCUCCCUCCCGUUCUGGGCGUCCAACACGGUCCGUGGAUGGACCCUUGGGACUAUUGCAUGUACAACUGUUUCCUCACUGUAUUACAUUGGUUUCUUUGGGGGAAUGUUCUUUAUCACUGUUAUCAGUGUUGACAGGUACUUGGCCAUUGUCCGGGCAACUUAUUCUCUGAAGUCCAGAACAGUAAGACACGGCUUUCUUGUAACCUGUGGAGUGUGGGCAAUAGCGGUUUUAGUGUCAGUGCCACACUUUGUGUUCUCCCAGCUCAUAGAAAAUGACUGCACUGCUGUCUUCCCAGAGAAGCUGGAGAACAUCUGGCCAGUGCUCUGCAAUAUGGAGCUGAACACCAUCGGCUUUUUCAUCCCAGUCUGUAUCAUAUUCUAUUGCUACUGUGGGAUCAUCAAAACCCUCCUAUCCUGCAAAAAUCAGAAAAAAGCACGAGCCAUAAAACUGAUAUUGAUUGUGGUGGUGGUUUUUUUUCUCUUUUGGUCCCCCUACAAUGUACUGAUUUUUCUGGAUACUUUAAAUCACUAUGAUUUAUUCACAAAUUGCAACCAAAUUAAGUCAUUGGACUAUGCAAUGCACCUGACUGAAACCAUUGCAUUCAGUCACUGUUGUCUCAAUCCUCUCAUCUAUGCCUUUGCUGGGGAAAAAUUCAGGAAAUACUUUUAUCAUGUCUGCAUGAAGUACUGUCCAUUCCUGUGUUUCUGUGGGCCCUGCAGUCACUACCAGGUCUCUCAUUCAGUUAGUUAUGCAGAAAGUGUGGUGAACAGCAACAUAACCCAGAACACCAGCGACCAGGACGCCUCUGUCUUCGUCUAAAAGGGUCCCAGAAGGAGAAAUGUAUCAAUAGGGGUCUCCUGCAGGGAUAGCAGCCACUGAGGGGUUGCAUUUACCCAUAUGAAGAACCUUAAAGGCUGCACUGAAUUACUGACAUACCUCUAGUUAAGGAUUAAAUAUUCUAAAACAGCAGAGAUUUUAAAAACAAAAGACAUAUAAUAUGUCAGUGUUGGACAUAGAAUGGAAUCAAGAGCAAGGAAGAGGGAAAGUAGACACAAAAGGAGUGCUCUAUGCCUAGCGAAGAAAGAGGAGAAGAAUUUAAGGGUAGGGAACUUUUUGAACAGUUCCACCACUGGCACAUGUGCCAGUGUAUGUGCAUGUGAUACUGAUGUACAUAGACCUAAACUCAUUUUUUAUAAGGGAAGAGAAAUCUCUUUAAUGAAUAGUGACUAACUUUUAGGAGAGGGAAAUAUUUUUGAUAGUAAAGGGAUGUAUUUUUGAUGCUAUAUAUACAGAAGGAAGUUAUUUUGUGGUUAUUGAUUGCAACAAAUGUUUUAAUUGUCCUUUCAU